AUGCGCACGAAACACGGCGAAGCAUAUGAGAAAUCGAAAAAAGUUGCUAUGAAGAGGAUAGCAUGGACUACCGAUGAGGACCUUGUGUUGGCUAAGCUUGAAAUAAAGCUUAAAGCUACACAGAAGGGUCAGAUACUUGAACGUCUAACAAUGGAAUAUAAUAAAAUAGCUUCUAGAUCAAAUUCGCAUAUUCGAUCCAAGGAAGCUAUUCGUGGUAGACGUCAACAGAAAGAAUAUAAAGUAGCCAUGGAAAAGAUGCUAUCUGAAGACCGGACUGAUCUAGACACUGAGUCAGACGAUGAUAGUAAAAGUAACAGUAGUUAUAAUGACGCUUCAUCAGAUGACUCGGAUGCUAGCGAUGCAACCACAAACAUACUGGAUGACAACAUUCAAGCGAUAAGAAGGUUUGUUGAAGACAAAUUAGUAACAACUAAAAUUCAACUUACCCCCAGUAUGCAUGCAGCAGUUGAUGCCUUUGUUAAUAUGAAUAGUACAGUUGACAUGUUAGAGUUGUCAAUGGCUGGGAUACGUGAGGCUAUAAGUAAUCUGCGUCUAAAGAAUGCUCAUAGAGGUACUAGAGCAAUAAGAACAAAUAAUUCGGUUAAUGGCAAACCUAUUCGAAAUGCUAAGCGUUACGAGAAAGCUCGAAAGUUAGGCUAUUACCAAAGAUUGUUCUACCAAAAUAAGGAGAAACUUGUUGCUGAGUUAAUAGAUGGUGUACAACCUAAUGUUGAACCACCGCCUAUUGACGUCGCAGUGGAACACUAUGAGAAGAUUUGGUCGAAAAAGUUCGUCGAUUCAGCAAUUUUUGAGCCCAAAACAUCGGUGGAUGGCGCUAUAUUACUUGCGCCUAUAACCAUAGAUGAAAUCAACUGGGCAAUAAAAAAUACGAAAAAGACAUCGGCUACAGGACUUGAUCAAAUUACAUUAUUGGAGGCUAAAGCAAUUGCUACUACGCAGUUGUUGGCGGCCUUCAAUAUCUGGUUAGGCCUCCAAAGAAUUCCAUUGGAGGUCAAGCAAAAUAAGACAGUUCUUAUUCCAAAAGGUACUACUUGUUUGGAUGAUAUUAAGAACUGGAGACCGAUUACGAUAGCGUCUAUGAUCCUACGUCUGUAUAACAAGGUAAUAGGCUAUCGAAUGAAUAAAGUGUUUAAGACGAGUGAUAAACAGGCUGGCUUCAAGCCUGUGAAUGGUUGUGGUAUAAAUGUCGCUUGGCUCCACUCCAUUCUCAAACACGCUCGAAUGACUAAAACCACACUUUACACAUGCCUACUGGACGUGUCAAAAGCAUUUGAUUCAGUUUCACAUGACUCUAUCAUCAGGGCAUUGAAACGAAAUGGUGCGCCAACUGAAUUUAUUCGGUUAAUCGCAGAUCAGUAUAAGGAUGUCUCGACUACGAUUAAGUAUAAAGACAUUUCUUCGAAACAGAUUGUCAUACUGUGUGGUGUGAAACAAGGAGAUCCGUUAUCUAGCAUAUUGUUCAACUUGGUUAUAGAUGAGCUUUUCGAAGUUCUCGGUGAUCAGUAUGGAUAUGCGGUAGAAGGUAUUGGGAAAUCGAAUGCCAGGUGCUUUGCCGAUGACCUCGCACUAGCUUCAUCAUCUAAGCUAGGAAUGGGAGAGUUAUUGUCCAAGACAAUAACGUUUCUAGAAGCACGUGGCUUAGCUAUUAACCCAGCUAAAUCUAUCUCACUCGGUCUGGUUAAGGGAUAUAAGGGCAAGAAAAGUAAGAUAGAAACUGAACCCGCUUUCUCAAUAAACGGUGUUCAAAUACCAAUGUUGGGUUAUAUAAAUAAUACUACUCGAUACCUUGGGAUCCAAUUCACAUCAUUAGGUGCAAUAGGAUCUGGACUCAUUAAGACUCAAAUUAAUGAAGUGCUGGACAAACUUGUGAAGGUGAAACUUAAAGCUCAGUGUAAAAUUGAGCUUUUACGAACACAUAUAAUUCCGAAAUUUAUAUUUAAACUUAUAAAUACAGAAUUAUAUCCUACCAUGAUCCGUCACGUCGAUAUAGCAGUUCGACAAGUUAUACGAAAAAUAUUGCAUCUAUCAGCCGGUUUGAGCAAUGAAUUCUUCCACCUACCUGCAAAGGAAGGUGGCUUGGAAUUCCCUGUUUUACAAGAACUAGUUGGUCUAGCUAAAGUCAAAUUAUAUCGGAAUAUAGCACUUCAAAACGAUGUUUUCUUACGAAACAUUGUAGAAAUGCAAGGUAGUGGAAUGAAUGAAAGAUAUUUGAAUCACUUGAAGCUAGGGGGGCAACCAACAGCCGAUGACUUACGAUCUCGAAAAGAUUGUCUAUUGAAGGAGAAGCGUACCGCAUACAUUCAAAAAGUUCAUAGUACAGGACAUGAAGUCUUCUCAACAUGUGCUCUCACGAACACAUGGUUGUUGAACGGUCAAAAAUCUAUGAAAACUAGAAUGUAUAUCAAUGCGAUAAAAUUAAGAACGAAUUCCUAUGAAACACGAGUCACGACCACCAGAGGACUCGAUGUUGAUAAAACGUGCAGAAGGUGUCACCGAGCUGACGAAAGUCUGAUGCACGUCCUACAAUGCUGCGAAAGUACCAAAGGCCCUCGUUAUACUCGUCAUCAUCAUGUGUGCUCAAGGGUAACUAUGAAACUGGCGGAGGCUGGAUAUACGGUUUAUACCGAGAAGAGUCUUCCUGAUCCUAACAACACCGGGCACUUACUGCGUCCCGAUAUAAUUGCUGUUAGGGCAGGUCAGGCAAUUGUUCUUGAUGUUUCUUGUGUAUAUGAAACGUCCGGGGCAGCUUUUCUGAAUGCUUACAAUAGAAAAGUUCAAAAGUAUAAACCGCUUAUACCGGCAAAAAAAGAAAAGUAUGACUGUGGUCAGGUGGAAGUGCACGGACUCAUCAUUGGUUCGCGUGGCUCAUAUCGACCAACACCUUUUAUGGUAUCUGAUGAGCGAGACCAUCUGGCUCUUUAUCUUGACGUUUUGUGCAUCCAACAGCGCCAGUUCUGCUUACCAAAAAUGGCCCACNGCUUCACGGCAAAUGAUCUGAAAUUUUUGGCCAUCUACUGCAUGGAAAACUCGGUUAGGGUGGCUGCAUUUUUUGGUCAAUCAAUCAGAUCAUCAUGGACUUAG